CUCCAUCCAUGACCCCAAAUCCCUGCAGCCCCCGUGGCCCUGGGACUCCCAUCUCUGAGUCGUCCCAACUCUGGUGAAUCCCACUCCUCAGGACACCCAUUCCUCUGGAUACCAAUCCCUGGCUCCCUACACCCUCUGAGACUUCCACUCAUGGGAACUCCAUGUCCCACUUGUGCCACCCAGCCUUGUCCCCAGCCUGUCCCCACCCUGCCCACAGCCUGUCCCCUGCCUGUGGCCACCCUGCCCCCACCAAGGGCCACCUACACAAUGAGAUGAGACCUGACCUUGCUUCCUGUCCCUUCAUCCAAAGAGCUGCCAGCCAGGGGACAGGUGGCCACAGCAGCGAGUGACAGCCAGUGCCCAUGGCCGGGGACACCGGGAUGGCCGGGAAGGUGGCGCUGCUCCUGUGGGCCCAGACCCUCGGCCUCGCUGGUGCCCAGAGCACCCAGCUCCUGGUGGAGCCCCCCUGGACGCCGGUGGUGCUGUGGGACCGGGUGACACUGACCUGCCAGGGCUCGGGGACCGCCGGUGCCACCUCCUGGUACAAGGGUGGGUGGCUCUGGUGGAAGAAGGGACCCGAGCGCUUCACUGUCACCGAGAGUGAACAUACACGUGUGGCAGACCUGGCACUGGGCUCAGCCCCUCUGUGAGGGUGUUAAAUGCUAGGAAUACCACUGGACAUCAAGAAAAUCCCUGGACGUCUGUUCGUGACAAGAAAUUUGCGUUUCUGCCCUUCCCAGCGCUGGAGACAUUCCGAGCCUGAUCAUCUACUUGGAUGGGUGAAGUUUUUCCUGCGUCACUCUUGGCUGCUUUUUUUCAUCUGUGUGUUGGGGAGUGCUUUUUUUCCCUGUGUGUUUGCUAAAUAAACAAGUUUUUUCCACUUUUCCCCUGAGGAAAUCCUUCCCGAACCCGGUGGGGGGAGGGGGAGGAGUUUGGGGAGUUUGUUUCUUAGGGA